AUGAUCGAUAUUGAAGAAAAAACUGUUAACCUUUGGAAUGCUCGUUUUGAUAUUCCAGAUACUAAUCAAUCGCAAGAAAAUAGUUUUCAAUUAUUUCGAAAUAAAGAUGAUACUUAUCUAUGUUUCGAUCAAGAGCAAAAUUCUAAACUAGAUAACCAAGCACCUACUGUUUCACAACCAUCUACUACCACAGAAACAACAAAUACUACUGUAAAUCUAAUGGAUUUAUUGCUGAUUGAUAUUCCACUAGAUAUUAUUGAACCAUUGAAGCCUCAAGCUGUUCAAACACAACCAAGCUUUGAGGAACCAAUCAACUAUACACUCGUAUGCAAUUUGAAGAUAAAACCAAUUUCAUUAUCACCAUCGACCCUAUUUCAAAAUAGUCAAACACAAGCUGAAAAAUUAACAUUAAAAGGACCAAGUAAUCGUUUUAUUGUUACAUAUUUAGAUGAUCAACAAGGAAAAAAAACAUUCUGUACACCUGACAAACUCUAUGGGCAACUUAAAAAAAUCGUUACCGAUAAAAAAUACGAUCCGAAUACAAUUGCUAUUAUUGAUCCCAAUGAAAUGUUAGUUGAUUUUAUGACGGCAAAUGUUAAUAAUAUAUUACCUAGUAUAGAAGUAGAAUAUCGUGUUGUAGAAAAAAAAUUAUUAAUUCCUAUUGUGUUACAAUGUGAACAUAAGAAAUCGGAAUAUUUUGUGACAGAAAAAGCAACAUUAACUACGAUCCUCAAUCGUUUCAUUGUUGAUCAACAAUUGAAAUUUACACCACCGGAAACUUAUUUUAGUGUAUUUGAUUCACUUGGACAACUCAUUACUGAAGAUUGUAGCAUUGAUAAGAUUUAUCGAGCCCCUGAACAAAAAUCGACUCAAAUUCAAGUUGUUCUAUGUAAACAGAAUACCAAUAUUUGCUGUGAAGUGACUCUUACAGCAAGCCAAGAUGGAACACGAAGUCAAUGUUUUAAUCUUAUCACAACAUUGAAACAGAUGAGUUUAUGGUUGAAAAUUCUCGAUAUCAAUGCAGAAUCUACUGUUGAUAGUUACAGUUUUUGGAAUGCACAACAACAGCAGUUCAUUGAUGUAGAUCAAACAAUUUCUUCAAUACUUGGUCAAGCUGAAUCUAUUACUGUCGAUGUUCUCAAUGGGGAAGAUAUAAUAGAUGUAAUACUUUCGUAUGAUAAGAAUAGUAAAACGAUUCGUAUUCUUAAAUCAAGUCCAGUAGAUAGUCUUCUAAAAAAUCCAAAUUAUAUAAAUCAAUUAGGUUUGAAAAUAUCUCCUGAAGAUUGUUGUCUAGUUUUUCUAUCGAAUGAACCAGAAAAGAAGAGGCUCGAGGAUUCCGAUAUGAAAAAUACAAUCAGUGAUUAUGCUUCGAUCACCGAUAAACCGGUUCAUUUUCAAAUUUCUACUCUUGUUAAAAUCACUUCUUAUGAUAAUCCUGACGAAAAGCCCAUUCCUAUUCCACAUCGAGAUAUAACAAUUAAACAACUAUUAGAAAUAAUUGGAGGCAAUGAUGCUCAUACAUAUUUAGCAUCGUGUGAAAGUAAAACAGUCUUAUCCGAAAAAAUUAACUUAUCUAUGAUAAAUGAUACAAAAUUUUGCCUUGCAAGGAAACAUGAAACAUGUCUUGUAUCGAUUCAACAACCAAAUGAUGCACUUGUAGCAGUUGUUGAAGAGAGUAUGCAAAAUCAACGAUAUCUUAUCAAUGCUACAAUGGAUGAUGUUUAUAAACAAAAUAAAAGUAUUUCUGAAGAUCAAUAUCUUAGCUAUAAAAAUGAUUUUGUUGCAUCACGUAAAACGCCAUUGAAUUUAUUUCUACCAAGUAAAAAUGAUACUGUUGAAUUCAUUUUAAUCUAUAAAACGUUACCAGCACAUGUUACAGUGAGCUGUGAUGAACAAACAAAUCCAAUUGAAUUUUCGUGUGAACCAUCGAUGUGCUUAGGUCAUGUUCAUGAAACUGUUUGCGAACUAUGGAAAUUAAAGAAAGAAUUGUAUAGUUUAGUGCUCGUCGAUGAUUCGGAGGUCGAUGCCGACUUUAAAUUGGAAGAGGUAGCUGAAUCUGUCGAUGACGUUCAAUUAAAAUUGAUUUCGAUUGCUGGUAUCAAAUGUAAUAUUAUCUAUGAAGAUAGAACCUUUAUGAUUUCAACCACAUAUGAAACACUUCUAUCGACAAUUUUGGAAGAAGCUUUAGAAAAACUUGCGAUUCCGAAAGCUGACAUCACUAUGUUUUAUUUGAAUCUAUUGGAUGAUCCUGAGAAUCCAACCAGUAUCGAUCUGGAGUUUUCGAUAGGUGACAUUUGCUCGGUACCGAACAACGAGUCCAAUACGGUAGAGAGUAUGGAGUCCAAUACGGUAGAGAGCAUGGAGUCCAAUACAGUACUGCUCCAAUUACAAAAGAAAGCCAGUUAA